CCCCACCCUAUACUCUAUAGUUUAUUCCAUAGCGAUGUCCAAACUCAGUACAGUAAAAAGUAUUUUCUAUAUACUAGUGCAUGUCAAGUUGUCCCACUUUUAGAUAAGUCAGUUAGAUUUUUUAGGUAACAGCAUCAAGAAGUAAUCGGUUUUAACUAAACGAAAUUCAAUCAUGAGGUUCUGUUUACUUAGCUUAUUAAUUCUGACCUGUUUUACACUCAAAGAAAUACAUGGACAGCAAAGUUGCGGCAGGUCAAUUACCGUGCCCGUCGGCUCAGAAGAUACUAUAAGCUCACCAGGAUACCCGGCUCCCUACCCUAGCGACAGCAGUUGCACUUACCGCAUAAUGAGUUCGCCAUCAUCAAAUCACGUCACAAUCAGAUUUACCAGCUUCCACGUUGAAUCUCACCGAAAAUGCUCUUUCGAUUACUUGGCAGUGCACGACGGGCCCUCCACUUCUUCACGACUAAUUAAAAAGUUCUGCGGGCCCGAACUUCCCCCUACAAUCACCAGCAGUGGGAGCUCUUUAACCAUUUAUUUUCACUCUGAUUCAUCUGUUCAGGGAGACGGUUUCGAAUUCAGCUACUCCGUUGGUUGCACGUACACGUAUACAGAAACACAUGGCCAGUUUUCUUCGCCUGGUUACCCGUCGGAUUAUCCACAAAACAGCGACUGUACCUAUAACAUUCAACCAGCUUCUGGCAACCAAGUUUUGCUACAAUUUUUAUACUUGGAGAUAGAAGAGUCUUCGUCCUGCAGCUACGAUCGACUGUCAUUAUACACGGACGCGACGGCCCCUGAAAUUUAUCGUUUUUGUGGAAGAAUGAAUCCUUUUAAUGUUCUAGUCAGUGCAUCGAAGUUUACAUUAAAAUUCCACUCAGAUAGAUCCGUAUCCAGACCUGGUUUCAGACUGAGUUACAACAUUACCCGUGAUUGUGAGCACGGCAAUGGCGGUUGCGCCCACGACUGUCUAAAUAUAAGCCCGGGAAGUGUUGAAUGCUCAUGCAGAAGUGGCUAUGAGCUGACCUAUGGCUCAAACUGCGUCGAUAAUAAUGAAUGCAGCUCAGGAAAUCCGUGCCAGGAUGUAUGUACAAACACUGAUGGUUCCUUUUAUUGUAGUUGCUCGACGCCGGGCUUUUUACUUUCGCCCGAUGGCAGAAACUGUACAGAUAUGUCGUGUAAGAAGUCAAAUGGUGGAUGUGCACAUACGUGUCUUCCUGCGGGCAAUGCUCAUUACUACUGCGGUUGCCACCAUGGAUAUGUACUAGCACCUGACGCACACAACUGUACAGAUAUUAAUGAAUGCACUACUGAUGAUGCUACACUUGUACACAAAUGUGAACACCAUUGCGUCAACGAGGCAGGAUCUUACUUUUGUACCUGUAACAGCGGAUACGUGGUCAGUUCUAAUGGAAGGACAUGCGAAGAUGUUGACGAAUGUCCUAACCAUGAGGACACAUGCGACCACCAAUGCAAGAACGUUCCCGGUGGUUGGGAGUGCUCGUGUUACAGCGGAUUUAAAGUUGAUCCCGAAAAUCCGCACAUGUGCGUUGAUGUUGAUGAAUGUGCAGAAGGUCUUGCUCCUGCUGCAUGCACGACUUGUUGGAACAGCGAGGGUUCGUAUCAAUGUCUGUGUUCGGAUGGUUUUAACCCUAAUGAUGAUAACACUGACUGCAUUGAUGUUAACGAAUGUAUGGACCGCAACGGAGGGUGCGAACAGGUAUGCUUAAACACACCUGGCUCAAUGAAAUGUGCAUGCUUCAGUGGAUACGAACCUCCAAGCAACAACUCCGUUUCUUGUAAUGACAUCAAUGAGUGCGCACCAAACAAUGGCCAAGGACCGUGCGACCACUUUUGUGAAAACUUGGACGGAUCUUUUCGAUGUCUUUGCAUCGGGGGUUAUAGCCUUUUGGAAAGCGGUCUGGAAUGUCAGGAUAUUAACGAAUGCGAACACAUUGCCAACUGUCAACAACAAUGCGUCAAUCAACCAGGCUCUUAUUUCUGCAGGUGCUUUGAAGGGUACCAUGAGGUAAACGGAACUUGUACAGACAUCGAUGAAUGCUUGACCACUCCUUGCGACGCGCUGGCUACAUGCAGUAACACUAUAGGAAGUUUUACAUGCUCGUGCCCAACUGGUUACUUGGUUGAGAACGUCACCAUAUGCAGCGACGUUAACGAGUGCAGCAUGGAUCAGAAUGAACACGGUUGUUCACAAGAAUGUGUCAACAAUCCAGGCUCCUACACUUGCGAAUGCCGAAUUGGUUAUUCAAAAAUUGGGGACAAGGGAUGCAUUGACAUAAAUGAAUGCCAAAAUAGUCCGUGCCAACAUAACUGCGAAAACACGAUCGGGAGUUUUGUGUGCAGCUGCAGACAAGGAUACUAUUUAAUCGGAGAUGGAAUGCAAUGCAGCGAUGUCGAUGAGUGCACUGACGAACUACACAGAUGCGCUCAAGUAUGUGUCAAUGAAAUAGGUCGCCACAGCUGUGCGUGCAAUCCUGGUUAUUUGCUCAAUGCAGACAACACUACGUGCUCAGAUAUCGAUGAAUGCGACAGUGGUGCCGGGGGGUGUUCUGACGGUUGCAUUAAUUCCGUUGGUUCGUAUUGGUGUUACUGCGCUAAUGGUUUUCAAUUGGACAGUGACAACAAAACAUGUGUCGACACCAACGAAUGCCUUCACAACAAUGGUAACUGUCAGCAUAUUUGCACCAACAACAAUGGGAGCUACACGUGUGGCUGCGAAUCUGGCUUUCAGUUUAACGGAACGCAUGGCUGUUCUGAUAUCGACGAAUGUGCAACUAGUAAUGGCAUGUGCUCCCAGCAAUGUGUCAAUCAACCUGGCUCGUACGUUUGCCAAUGUGAACCGAAUUUCAAAUUAUCUGCAGACAACCAUACUUGUGAACAUUGUCCAACGUGUGAACAGUUUGAAACCUUAGCAAGCGACGUGGGAAACCUCAAGUCGAAUGUAUCUGUCGUUGCUCAACUGACCAACAGUAAUAUGAGACUCAGUGCUAAGGUCGCUCAGCUGGAAUCUCGCAUUGCUCAGUUAGAAUUAACAAUAAAUGGUGGCGAACGAAGACCACCUCUGCCCUCCCAUCCCUAGAACAUCUCUCUCUAUAUAUAUAUAUUAUAUAUAGGGCUUCACGAAAAACAACGGAAAGUGCCAUGUCAUGUAUUUAAACCAUAACUAUAUAUUACAAUAACAGAAUACAUUUUACAGUGUACAGAAUUGAUUGUGUAUGCCGCAGACAGUAGGUGACUAUAAUCUGUAAAGUGAAAAUUUAAUUGUGCUUUUUGGACUGUAUAUAAUAGUGUGGGGGAAGAGGGGACACCUUUUGUGUUUUUUUUCGACUCAUUUGGUAGUAAACAAAGAACAUUUAAAGCGUUAUAAAACCGUAUCCUCACGAGUUCCAUAAAUUGUUGUUACAUUUUUAAAAUACGAUCAGGAUAUUUGGAUAUUACGUGCUAAAGUUGUCCCGUCUUACCCCACAGAACUAUAUUCGAUUCUUAUUCACAAGCAAAACACCGUUUUGAACUAUAUGUUCAAACGUAUAAAACCAUUUCAAUGCUUACUACAUUUGUAAAUAAAAACAAAACAAUUUGUCAUUUUAUAUAAUCUUUAAAAAGCGGCAAAAUCUGGGAAAAUAAAGUUUUUCGUAUAACGCU